AUGGACGGCAGCGUCCACCGGAGCUCGAACAACGGGUACCUAGCGCCGGGGUUCCGGUUCCACCCGACGGACGAAGAGCUGAUAGCUCAUUACCUUUUGAAGAAGGUGUUGGACUCCCAUUUCUCAUCACCCGCCAUAGCCUAUGUCGACCUCAACAAGUCCGAGCCUUGGGACCUCCCUGAGAAAGCAGUAAUGGGAGAGAAAGAGUGGUAUUUCUUCAGCCUACGAGACCGGAAGUACCCAACCGGCCUGAGAACGAACCGGGCGACGGAGGCCGGCUACUGGAAGGCCACCGGAAAAGACAGAGAAAUAACCAGCUCUAAAACAAACUCCGUCGUCGGGAUGAAGAAGACCCUCGUCUUUUACACCGGCAGGGCUCCGAAAGGCCAAAAAACCCAUUGGGUUAUGCAUGAGUUUCGCCUCGCCGGAAAGUUCGCUUACCAUUUUCUCUCCGCCGCCUCUUCCAAGGAUGAAUGGGUGAUAUCCAGAGUUUUCAAGAAAACCAGCGCCGCCAUGCACGGCGGCGUGAUGAAGAAAACUCGCCGUGAUCCCGAACCCACUUCCCCUUCCUCGGUGUCUCUGCCUCCUCUUCUCGAUUCAUCUCCCUACCUCUCCGCUGCUGCCGACACCAGUAUCAGCACCUCUGCCUUCGCCAACCGCGAAGGCAGCUCUCUCGACGAUCAAAGGGAGCACGAGCUGCACGUGACCUGUUUCUCCACCAACAACCUGAGCUACCCCGCCGCAAGCUUCCCGGCUGGUGGCGGUCCUAAUCUGUCCGUCUCGGCCUUCCCGAACCUUCGGAGCAUCCAGGAGAAUCUGCAGGCGCCGUUCUUCUCCCCUGUGAGUCCGCCGCUGGUUCAUCUCCUCUCCGGUGCCGCUGACGUGGAUGGGUGCGGUGGUGCUCCGUCGCCGGAGGAUUCGAGGACUAUCGGUUCCGCCGAUUUGGGUGCGUAUAUGUGGACCUUCUGAGAAUUUCUCUCUAAUCUGAUGAAA